AUGAAAGGGCUUUUGAACGUACUCCUUCUGUUCACCAGCUUAGGAUGCAAAGCCUAUAGUUGGAAUGAUAGGAGCAUGGUCUACGGAUUUGCUAAUAUUGAACCGUCAGCCAACCUAACGUGGACACCAUGUUUUGAUGACUUUACAUGCUCUAGACUGGAGGUGCCUUUGGACUAUUCCAACGCAAGUCUCGGCACGACGUCCAUUGCCUUUAUAAAACUAGCCGGAAAGAACGCCACCACUGAGUCUCCAAGCCUCAUAAUCAAUCCCGGCGGUCCGGGUGGUUCUGGCAUCGACCUCCUCCUCACAAACCGGGCCCUAGCAAGCCAAGCCUUCGGAGAGCAGUAUAAUAUCGUCUCUUAUGACCCUCGCGGUGUAAACAACAGCGGCCUGAGCCUUGACUGCUUCUCGGGAAACACAGAAGCAAGAAGUACCUUCAGUCGCCUACAUAGUACGGGCGUUACCAACAUCUCAUCGUCCUCAUUUGAGGAACAGUACUACUCAAGCUCCAUCUACGGAGAGUGGUGCAACGAUGCUGUCGAAAAAGAGUCGCCUCAUGGAUUCUAUGUGACUACACCGGCAGUCGCCAGUGAUUUGCUCACCUUUAUAGAAGCCGAGGCCGAGUUGGCUGGCCAGGCACCGUCAGAUGCCAAAUUGUGGCUGUAUGGCAUCAGCUACGGCACUGUAGUCGGUGCCACUUUCGCCUCCAUGUUUCCUGACCGAGUGGGGAGAAUGAUACUCGAUGGCAUUGUGAACGCAGAGCUAUACUAUGACAAUUACUGGAGUGUCAACGUCGAUCAGAUGGACGAAGCCAUGGCAAAGUUCUCGAGCUUCUGCCAUUCUGCAGGUCCCGAACGAUGUUCCUUCUGGGGACCUACGCCAGCAAACAUCACCGCCAGGAUGGACAACCUCAUCCUUCAACUUCAGAACCAUCCGGUCCCUAUAAGCGGGGUCCAAAGUCGAGGCCUGCCGGCGUUGGUCACCUAUUCAGACCUAAAGGCCCUUUUCGUCAACACUCUUUACAUCCCGAUAGCGUCCUUCCCAGUCAUGGCCGACAUCCUACAUCAGCUCGAGCGUGGGAACGCGUCUGCUCUUGUGGGCAUGUUUGACGGGCUAGGUCUCACGAUCGAUGCCGGUCACGUCAUCCAAUGCGCCGAUUCAUCUCGGAGAAACAAGCUUACUUCUAUUGAAGAAUUCAAGAGCUACGUCGAGUACACGGUCUCCAAGAGCAAGUACAUCGGCGAUGUCUACCCCAUCUUCGUGGACUCUAUAUUAUGUAGAUCAUUCCGACCCCAAUUGCCUGACAGCAUGGUGGUUCAAAAACAUCAAGUCAUCGGACUGGACAGGCCUACAUCCUUCCCGAUCCUGAUAGCGAGUAAUACCAUUGACCCUAUAACGCCAUUGAUCUCAGCGCGCAAGACAGCUUCGCGAUUUCCCGGCUCGGUACUUCUCUUGCAAGAAGCCGUUGGUGUAAGUUGA